AUGUCCCGCUCAACCACACGCAUCGCACAUGGAUCCGACUCUUCCUCCCCGCCUCCCCUCCUCCCGCCCCACAAACCCUCCCCCUAAACCCUCCCCCUCAUCCUCUACUUCCACGGAGGCGGCUUCAUCCUCUUCAGUGCCGCCUCCGCCCCCUUCCAUGCCACCUGCUCCUCAGCUUCUCUACCCGCCCUCGUCCUCUCCAUCGAAUACCGCCUCGCCCCAGAGCACCGCCUCCCCGCCGCCUACCACGACGCCAAUGACGCCCUCCUCUGGCUCCGCGGACAAGCCCUAAACCCCUCUGUCUCUGACCCCUGGCUCCGCGCUCACGCCGAUUUCUCCCGCUGCUUUCUCAUGGGCAGCAGCUCCGGAGGAAACAUCGCCUACCGAGCCGCGCUCCACGCCACAAGCAUCAAUCUCGAACCACUGAGGCUUGAGGGACUGAUACUGAACCAGCCGUACUUCGGCGGGGUGAAGCGCACCGAAUCGGAGGAGAGGCUGGCGGAGGACAAGAUCGUUCCGCUUCCAGUGAACGAUCUGAUGUGGGAUCUGUCGCUGCCGGAGGGAGCUAGCAGGGAGCAUGAAUUCUGCAAUCCGUCGGCGAAGGAGGAAGAGGGCGUGGAGAAAUUGCCGCGGUGCUUGAUCCGAGGGUUCGUGGGGGAUCCGCUCAUUGAUCGACAGCGGCAGCUUGCUCGGAUGUUGGAGAUGAGAGGGGUUAGGGUUGUGGCGUUACUGGAGCAAGAGGGACACCACGCCAUCGAGCUUUUUAAGCCUGAAAAAGUUGACGAUCUCGUCGAACAAGUUGCGGGCUUCGUCUGCGGAUCCGUCGGAGUCGACGAGGGCAAGCUCUGAUAAAUAGAGAUUAUAAUAAUACACUUAUUAUAUUUAAAUGUGUAUAAUAUUAUUGUGCGACCUCAGUAUGUAAUAUUCUCAAUUAUUCUGGUUAUAUCUAAAUAAAAUAAGUGACAUCUCUUGAUAAUUUAAAUGGACAAAUU